AUACCAGCCCCCCCGUGAUUUGAUAUCAGUGAGGUGUGUCGCGUCAUACUCGAUAAGCCUACUUGAACGAUUGGCUUGAGCCUCGCAAAAGCUUAUCUGUAAAAUGGAUGGGUUCACCUUGCUAUUCUUAAUUAUUAAUAGGAGCGGGCCGUUAUGGGCAAUGAGAAUUGGGCGCUGGGAGCUCUGCGCAGUGCGAGUCUGCGGCUGAAAGGGGGGGAGGGGAGGAGGCGGGGGAUGGUCUGUGCGGCGGCAUGCGGGGAGACGACGUGUGAUUGACUUUCAGGUAUGUACCGGUAUCUACCAUAUGUAGAGUACAGUAGAUGGAUGGAGGAGAUCUGCAACGCACCGGUUACCCGAGUACUCUAUGUAUGUAUUCUUCUUCUCCUUCUCUGUUUCAACUUCAAGAUCAUCAGCCCACGACAGUCACGUCAGGACUCAGGGCAUUCGGAAUCGGAAUCUCUUCCAAGUUCCAUGCAAGGCGCCGUGGCCCGUAACUACUCUGCUACACAGCUGCACAGCGCAAACUUAAACAUUUCAACAUCCCGCCGCGGAAGGUGGAAUAACCACGCAUGCCAAAACACCGUACACGCAGUUGCGACGUCCUCCACUGCUCCGCAAUCACCCGAUGAGAAGGGAAUUAUCCGUAACCACCCGAUGAGAAACGAAUUCUCCAGACUAUUACCUGUCUAUUACCUUGCAAAUUGCGCUGCCUUCAGGCUGCAGCAUACAUAUUAUGGGGAUAUCAUGGGGAUAGCGAAACGGAAUGCAGGUGGAAAAUCUCAGCUCUGCAACGUCGGAGGUCUGGUCUCCUAUCGUAAGCCUGUCCUUUCGUUCGUUCGUUCUUUCGUUUUGUUCGUUCGUUCGUUUUGGGGGGAUCUGCAACAGCGAAAAUCGGAUGGUUAGGAUGGUGGGAAGGGAAGGAAAGGGGGAGUGCACACUGCACGUUUCGCCGGGGAUCUGGGGAUCCGGAUCGGUGCUGUUACCUACAGACAUAGAGUACCAACAUAGUACUGGGUCGGUAUGACUGAUCUCUUAGCGUCCGGAAAUUCUCAUGGCAUACAGGUUCCGUUGCCAUACAACCUCUCUA